AUGAGCAAAAUCGACGACACAGCCGAGUCGACGAUUGCUCCCCGGGCCUCGAAAGAUGCGGCACUCCCCGAGGCGUCGCCGCCUCCCCUGGAAAGACAAGCAAGCGACGAAUUGGUCCUGAAACGGGAACCGAUUGCAAGAUGGCGGCUGGUCAUAAUCCUCGUCAGCAUCGGUGUCGGUUUGUUCCUAUCGCUCAUGGACACCACCAUCGUGGCCACGAUGCUUGCCAGCAUCUCGGAUGAGUUUGGUGGCUUCAAACUGGCGCCAUGGGUUUUGCUGUCGUAUACCCUCUCAUACCUCGGAUGCACCGUCCUCAUUGCCCGUUUAUCUGAUGUUCUUGGAAGGAAGCCGGUCUUGCUCGGGUGUUUUUUCAUCUUUGUCCUGGCGUCCGUGGCCUGUGGGGCGGCAUCGACGCUUGAUCAACUGAUCGGCUUCCGAGCUGCCCAAGGUGCUGGCGGCGCCGGCCUGUACGCCAUGACCAUGAUUAUCUACCCCGAGAUCAGCCCCCCUGAGCUGGUCCCCUUGCUCUCCGCGCUUCUGGGCAUUAUCGUGGCCCUGGCCGGCGUCAGUGGCCCCGUCAUUGGCGGUCUUCUCGCGACCUACUCCGACUGGCGAUGGGCCUUUUGGAUGAACGGCCCCAUCGGAGUGGUUCCAGGGCUCGCCCUGUUCUUUGUAUGGCCCAAGACCUUCCGCACAUUCAAAACGGUUCCUUUUAGGCACCUCGACUUCUUGGGCGCGCUGCUGCUCUUGAUGGCGACGGUGCUCCUUGUGUUUAUCAUCAACCAAACCACCGUGAGGGAGUACGAGUGGAGCAGUCCCCAGACAAUCGCCGUCUUGAUCCUGAGCGGAGCAGCCUGGUUGACUUUGGCGUGGUGGCAAUGGUACCUCUCAAGGAGGCCCAGCCUCGGGCACAUCCGUGCUCAGAUUCCCUGGAGAAUUCUUUCAGAUAGGGUCUUGAUGUCAAGUAUCGUGAGCACGAUUCUGACCGGUUUCGUCAUGUACCUCGUCAUUGUCAACAUACCCAUGCGCGCACAGAUCGUAAACUUCUACAAUGAAGUCAGGUCGGGAGUCCUGCUCCUCCCCUUGAUGGGCGCUACGGCAGUGGGCUCUGCUCUGGGCGGUGCCUUUUCAUCCAAACAGAACCGCACGUUCUGGAGCCUGAACGCCGCAAGCGCAUUUAUGCUUCUUGGCUGCGGCAUCAUGUCGACUCUCCCAGACACGGUCGACGUGGCGGCGAAACAAUGGGGGUUCGAGGCUAUUCUCGGGUUUGGCAUUGGCCUGAAUCUGUCCACGGCAACAUUGAUCCCCUCGCUGAAUGCGGAUUUCCAAGACUAUGCCAUCGCCCAAGGUCUGGUCGCCCAGAUGCGUGUCCUGGGCGGCAGCCUGGGAGUAGCGGCGAGCUUUCUUGUGCUGAAUAGCAGAAUUGCCCAGACGCUGACCGGGGUGCUCAGUGCGGAGGAGCUGGAAGCCUUUUACAGGUCGCCCACCGUAAUGCGAUCCUUCGCUGCGUACAAGCAGCUCCAAGUUCGGACCACUUACAUCGAGGCCUUCCAGGCUGACAUGUACAUGUGCAUUGCUAUGUCGGCGGCAUGCCUCAUUGCAUCGCUCUGCGUCUACCAGAGCAGGCCACCCUCAAUCAAGAAACGGCUGGAUGACUUGGAAGCCAUCUAUGCCAGGACUGCAGCCAACAACGAGGAGGGGAAUCUUAAUAAUACAAGCUCUCCCGGCUUCACAACUAGUGUCAGCUUCACAACGUACACUAUUUGCAAUAUCAAUGACAGGGCAGUUCAGUUGCCUAUCGGCAAGCCCGUGGCGCAUCUUCUCGCACACCGAAAGGAGUCGGCGAGUUUGCCCCUGGGUGGGAAGAAACUGGCCGUGGCCUGCCACGGCCCGGGAGCUAAACUACCUACCCCUGUCAUGGAGGGUGCCUGGGGGCGGCCCGGAGGAAGCAAACUAUGGCACCUACCUGAAUUGGACGCGUGCGGCUUGUAUCAUCACAAGGCUUGGGUGCUGUGGCCUGUCCACGGUCAAUAUCAAGGCGCCAGUACUCUCGGAAGUCCUUGCCGGCAGAUUCGCAAGGACCGCUACAAAGUUCCAUCGUUGAGAAUGGAGAACGACAAGCAAAAGCCCAUCGCCAUUGUUGGCAUGAGCUUCCGAUUUCCCGGAGACGCCAACAGCACCGAAGGCUUCUGGGACAUAUUGAGCCACGCGAGGUCUACGAGGACAAGAAUUCCAAACACGAGGUUCAAUCCAGAUGGCGUGUACCAUCCAAACGCAGAUCGCCCCGGCGCGGUCAUCGCGAAGGAAGGAUGUUUCCUAAAGGAGGACGUCGGACUUUUUGACGCCCCAUUCUUUGGCAUCACCGCUUCCGAAGCUGAAGGAAUGGACCCUCAGCACCGCCUGCUGUUGGAAAUUAGCUACGAGGCUUUUGAAAACGCUGGCAUUCCCAUCACAAACGUUGCCGGCGCCGAUGUGGGAUGCUACGUCGGUGGUUUCAGCAGCGACUACCUCAAUGUCAGCGGCGCCGAUAUCAACAGACAGUCAAUGUACCAGAGCACUGGAUGCGGAAACUCCAUGCUGUCGAAUCGACUGUCUUGGUUUUAUGACCUACGAGGUCCGUCAUUCUCCAUCGACACAGCUUGCUCGUCCAGCAUGGUGGCGCUGCAUGAAGCCUGCCGUGACAUACAGGACGGGACAACUUCCAUGGCAGUCGUUGCAGGAUCCAAUCUCAUCUUGGUGCCGGAUAUCUGGCGCGCUCUUUCCAGUCAGAGGUUCUUGAGCCCCGACGGGGCAUGUCACAGCUUUGACAGCCAAGCCAACGGGUAUGGCCGUGGCGAGGGCAUGGGGGUCGUCAUCGUCAAGCCCCUGGCGGACGCGAUCCGCGACAACGACGUGAUUCGGGCCGUCAUCCGAGGCAGCGGAAUCAACCAAGAUGGCAAGACGCCCGCCAUUACGGUCCCGAAUGCCCACGCGCAGAUGAGCCUCAUCCGCUCGACGUAUGCCAAAGCCGGCCUUGACAUGAGCCAGACGACAUAUUUUGAGGCACACGGCACCGGUACCCCUGUCGGCGACCCCUUGGAGUUGCUGGCCAUUGGUCAGACCAUCGGCGCAGCCCGUGGCGAGGGCGACGAGCCAGUUCUUGUCGGGUCUGUCAAGAGCAAUAUCGGCCAUCUUGAAGGCUCGUCCGGUAUUGCCGGUGUCAUCAAGACCGUCCUGGCUCUAGAAAGGGCCGAGAUCCCUGCCGUCGCCGAGUUCAAGGAGCUCAACCCUCGGAUCAAGCAGGACGAAUGGAACAUCAGAAUCCCCACCGAGCUGACCCCAUGGCCUGCGAGUGCCAGCGGGCUCCGGCGUGCCAGCAUCAACUCGUUUGGUUAUGGCGGCACAAACGGACACGUCAUCCUGGACGACGCGUUGAAUUACCUUCAAGCAAACCAACCCGGUACGCCGAGCUCGCAAAGCUCUGAUUCAGCCAUCUCCCUGGCCCAUACCAUCCCGGAGACAGAGUCAUGUACACCAGAGUUCAGGCUGUUUGCCUUCAGCUCACCCGAGCAAGAUGGCCUGGCUCGUCUUGCAGAGGCCUACUCUCAAUACCUGGACCAAGACGCGCUCUCUCGUGACUUGAAGGGGGCAGCCACGCUUGAGGAGAUCAAGCAGGUGGACAACCUCGCAUACACGCUGGCGUCUCGUCGAACCGUGUUUGACUGGAGAGGUUUUGCCAUUUCCGACACCCUCACGGGACUCCAGACCUCGUUGAAGUCGGGCCUGCCCACCCACGGCCGGGUCGGCAGGAAUCCCUCCUGCGCCUUCGUCUUUACCGGGCAGGGAGCGCAGUGGUUUGCCAUGGGCCGCGAACUCCUACGACACUCGGUGUUCCGAGCGAGUAUCGAUGAAGCCGAGGCUUACAUCACCUCUUUGGGCUGCCCCUGGUCUGUCACCGAGGAGUUAAACCGCGACGCCACGACCAGCCGCAUCAACGACCCCGAGCUAUCCCAAGCUCUGUGCACGGCCUUGCAGGUUGCCCUCGUGGACCUGCUGGCGCACUGGGGUGUCCGACCCAAGGCCGUUGUUGGCCACUCAAGCGGAGAGAUUGGCGCUGCAUAUGCUGCUGGUAUCCUGUCCAGGGAGGAUGCGUGGAAAGCCGCCUACUGGAGAGGCGUGCGGUCCACGCAGAUCAAAACCCUCUCGCCAGAUCGGAAGGGAGCCAUGAUGGCAGCAGCAAUGUCCGAGGAAGCUGCCCGUGAGUACUUGGCCAAGGUGGAGGAGGGUGAUGUGGUCAUCGCUUGCAUCAACAGUCCCAACAGCGUGACCAUCUCUGGAGACGACCAUGCCGUGUCUGCGGGUGAGAAGCUCCUCACUGCCGAUAACAUCUGUGUCUUCUCCUCCGUCACGGGUUCCGAGAUUAGCAAGGAAGAAAUGGGCAGCGCCGACUACUGGGUCAAGAAUCUGGUCAGCCCUGUCAGGUUCUCCGCUGCCGUUACGUCGCUGCUCAAGCCACGAGACACAAGAGAUCGACGAAAGGGCGUUGCCAACGUCCAAGCCCUGCUCGAACUCGGUCCUCACAGCGCUUUGCAAGGCCCCCUGAGAGAAAUCUUAAUCGCCGCCAACGAGACAUACGUCGCCAGCGUCCCGUAUACCGCGAUGCUGCGGCGCGGCACCAGCGCCCUCCUGACGGCGCUAACCGCUGCUGGCAGGCUGUGGUCGUCAGGCUUCGACCUGAACCUGGAACUGGUCAACUCGACAGACAAGGAACCUCUGAAGGGCCGCCCUCUAACCACCUUGCCCCGGUAUCCGUUUAACCACAAGCGCAGAUAUUGGAAUGAGUCCCGCGGGGCUCGCUGGGUCCAGAGCCACCCCACGCCGAGGACCGACCUCCUGGGACAGAAGACGUCGGAAUACAGCACCAUCUCACCCAGCUGGAAGAACUAUCUCUGUCCCUCCGAGGUUCCGUGGCUGCUAGACCACAAAGUCCACGGGCUGCUCGUUAUGCCGGGCGCCGUCUACAUCGCCAUGACCAUGGAAGCUUGCCGGGAUACUGCCGAUCCUAACAAGACUCUGGAAGGCUUUGAGUUCCGCGACAUUGUGUGGCACAAGCCCAUCAUCUUUGAGUCGCCGGAUGCUCACGUCGAGAUCUCCCUGCAACUGUCACCGUACAAGAUCGGCACCAAGGCUGCCACGACGACCUGGACGCGCUUCUCCAUCAGCACGAUUGAUGCCAACAACAAGACGUCGGAGCAUUGCUCGGGCCUCGUCGAGAGGAAAUACGUCACCCUCCCCGGCCAAAUCGAGAAGGGAAUGGAAGCCGUGGCCGAAUGGGACGGGCACCGGGCCGAAUACGAGGCGAUGCAGGCCAGGCCAACCGUCACCCUCCCGGUCCACAACAUGUACGACAGGCUGAACCGCAACGGGCUGCAGUUCGGCGCUACCUUCCGCAACUUAACCCACGUCCGGUCCGGAGACGGCUUCAUGUACGGCGAGCUCGAGACGCCGGACACGGCCGCGACCAUGCCCGACGAGUUCGAGUACCCGCUUCCUCUCCAUCCCACCGUGCUCGAUUCCGCCUUCCAGAUGCUGGCUGGCGUCGGGCAGAGCCAGACGUGGGACGUUGUCAUGCUGCCCAACUCCAUCGACAGUCUCUACAUCUCCGCGACAGCCCCAACGGCUGCCGGGUCCGUUCUCAAGGGAUACUGCACGCUCGUGCCUGAGGGCGCCGCCAGGGCCACCGGCACUUCGGUGCUCUCGGACGAGGCAUGGGAAAAGCCCGUCAUCGUGAUGAAUAACUUGACCGUCACCGCCGCCAUCGGGCCUCAGACUGGCCCGACCAAGACCGCCUUUGCUCGUCUUGACUGGAAGCUUGACGUCAGCCACUCGAGGUUUCCGGUGGACUUGCAUAAGAAUAGCCAUCUGUCUAACGAGAGUUCGGUUGUCGAGGCUCAGCUGAGUGACAAGACCGCCAUCGAGUUCAUCAAGCAAGCGCUACAAGACUUGGGCCGCGCCGAAAGCGACAACAUGGAGGGGAAGGCUGAAAAGAAACCGGAAGCGGUACAAAACUACCUUGCCUGGAUGGGUUCGGUCUCGGGAGACCCGACAGUGCUUGGGGGCGUCGAGAAUCAGCCAGCUACUACUGUUCCCGGCACAGGCACCCGCCAUGCGAUCGAGGCAGUGGGCGCCGAGAUGGGGCGCAUUCUCGGCAUCGGCUCCAUGUUGGAGACCAAGAGCAACAUCCUCUCCAGCGCAUUUCUGGCCGACUUUGCCAACCGAUCCCUGGGUCGUCCCUUUGCCAACUCCGUCAUUGCCAAUAUCAUGGACCAUGUGGGCAGCAUCAAUCCCAAUGUUGAGAUCUUGGAGAUCGCCAGCAGUUCCGACACCACGGGGGCUGCCGAGGUGUUGGAGCUGCUCGGGGGCAAGGGCAGCCGCCUCGGCAGGUACAUAUGGACGAGCCCUGACGAGGAGUCCGUGGAAGCGGCCUCGAAAGAUCUCAAGCCGAACGAAUGCUUGCAGAUAAGGACGCUCAACAUCGAAGCCGACGUCCAAGGUCAGGGCCUCAGCCCCGGAACGCUCGAUUACAUCAUCCUGGAUGACCUUCUCCUGACGACGUCCAAUCUGGAUGCCGCCUUGAAGAACAUCAAGACGCUUCUGAAGCCCGACGGCCGGUUGAUCGUCCAAGCCAUCACCAAGUCCCAACUGCGGACUGCCUUCGUCCUCGGCUCAUCCCACGCCUGGUGGCGCGACGGCCAGUCUGGGGAACGGCUUGAUGAAGCCGGCUGGGGCCAGCGGCUCAAGAGCAACGGCUUCACCGGCGUGGAUCAGAUCUUCAGGGACUCGGACGACCCUCGUGUCCACCAGCUGUCCGUCAUGGUUUGCUCCGUCGCGCGCGAGACAGCCUACGAGUACAAGGACGUGCUGCUCGUGACACCCCCAGCUCCCUCCGAGAAGGUCACCGUGCUGGCCGAGUACUGCUCUGCUCGCCUCGCCGAGGCCGGCCUGGAUGCCGUGACACUUCCGUGGCCCGAGGUGGCCGAUGUUUCUGGGAAGCUUCUCGUCUCUCUCAUCGAGCUGGACAGCCCUGUCUUCUUGGAUCUGACCGAGGACCUCUUCCACGCCACCAAGAACAUGUCCCUGAAAGCCGGAGGAGUGCUCUGGAUGACCCAGGCUGGCAACGUCUCUGGCGCCUCGGUUCCGGCGGGCAAUGUGUCCUCGGGUCUUUUCCGCGUCGUCCGAUCCGAGGACGGGGCUCGCCCUCUCGCGACGCUCGACCUGUCGACGGGGAUGGACCUCGCAUCCACCCAGGCGGGCGCGACCGUCAUGUCUCUUUUUGCGUCGCUGUUUGGGAACGGCGACAUCCGCGCCUCGGACAAGGAGUUUGCCGAGGACGAGGGCAGCAUUUAUGUGCCGAGACUGGUCGAGGACGCUGCCCUGACGGGGGCUCAGACGGCCACGGGCGCCACCGCACAGCCCGUGAUGGAUAGCUUGUUCCAGCCGGACAGGAAGUUGGUCAUGACCAUCGGCCAGGUGGGAGCCCCUGACUCUCUCCGGUUUGAGGACAGCGAGAAAUGUGCCGCGCCCCUCCCGCAUAACCACGUCGAGGUCAAGGUGCUGUAUACAGGGCUGAACUUUCUCGAUAUUAUGGGGUCUCUUGGAGAGAUCCCCAGGCCAUACUUUGGCAGUGAGGUUGUCGGUACUGUCGUCGACAUGGGGUCUUCCGUCGCUUCUGAGUCUGACAUCAAGCUUGGUGAUACUGUGGUUGGUUCCUGCAACGGAGGCUUUGGUAGCCAUGCUCGGAUGAAGUGGACCAUGUGCCAUCGGGUUCCUGACAACAUCUCGAUUCAGGAGGCUGCCACGAUUCCCAUCGCCUUCUCAACAGCAUGGGUCUCCCUCGUCGACCUGGCCCGAAUGCGCAAGGGCGAGACCAUCCUGAUUCACUCGGCCGCUGGCGGCGUUGGUCAGGCCGCUAUCCAACUCUGCCAGCACUUCGGCGUCAAGGUCUACGCCACCGUGGGCUCCAUAGCCAAGAAAGAACUGCUCAUGCAUCGGUACGGCAUUCCGGAAGAGGAUAUCUUUUAUUCCCGCGAUACCACCUUUGCGCAGGGCAUCAGGAGAGCCACCAACGGCCGAGGUGUAGACUUGGUCUUGAACUCGGUGGCUGGCGAGUUCCUCCGCCAGUCAUGGCAUCUCGUGGCCCCCUUCGGACGUUUUGUUGAGAUCGGCAAGCGUGAUAUUCUGGGUAAUACCGGGCUCGACAUGGAGCCCUUCAUCAGGAGUGCCAGCUUCAUUGGCUUCAAUCUCGAAAAGUACGACGAGCAACUGCCCGAGUUUGAGAUUGUCGAGAAGGCAUUUAAGCAAGUCUUUGAGCUGGUCGCCGCUGGCAGGCUCCGGCCCGUUGGCCCCGUCAAUGUCUACAACUACUCCGAGGUGGCAACGGCCUUCCGUGCGCUACAGUCGGGUAAGGUUCUCGGCAAGGUGGUCAUGCGUGCCAAUCCUGACCAGCUGGUUCCCGUCAUCCCUCGCGCCAAACACCCCCUUACCCUUAACCCAGACGCGACUUACCUGCUCGCUGGCGGGCUGGGCGGGAUUGGGAGAAGCCUUGCCACUAUGCUGCACUCGCAUGGAGCACGGAACUUGGCCUUUAUUUCGAGGUCUGGUGGGCAAAGCGAGAUUGCAGCCGACUUCCUGAAAGGGCUCCGAAGCCUGGGCUGCACGGCAAACGCCUACGCAUGCGAUAUCUCGGACCGUGAGCACCUAUCCCGGGCCAUCGAGCAGUGCCAGUCCGAGAUGCCUCCCAUCCGGGGAUCCAUCCAGUGUGCUAUGACACUCAAGGAUGCCAUCUUCCAAAACAUGACGUACGACGACUGGGUCUCUUGCACCAGGCCCAAGAUUCAGAGAAGUUGGAACCUCCACAACGUCCUGCCCCAGGAUCUCGACUUUUUCAUCAUGCUCGCGUCUACCUCGGGCAUCAUCGGCAACCCUGGACAAGCCAACUACGCGGCCGGAAACACAUUCGAGGAUGCUCUCGCGCAUUACCGCCGCCGGCGGGGCCAGAAGGCCAUGGCCUUAGACAUUGGCGCCGUCCGAGACGUCGGCUACCUUGCCGAGGCCAGCCACCAAGGUUUAUGGAGCCUGAGCCAUCUGAAUGCCCUGUCUGUCGGCGAGGCCGACAUCCACUUCCUCGUCAAGAAUGCCAUUACCGGCUACACCAUCGGAAAGGAGGAAACCGGGCCACAAAUCGUCGCUGGCCUGGCCGGCGCGACCAUUGACGAGCAGCUCAUUGACCGCAGCCCCUGGGCCCGCGACGGCAAACUCUGCAUGGCCUUGAAAGCCUCUCUCAUCAAGAAGACGGCCGGGAUGCAGGCCGGGAUUGACGCCCUAGCCAGGGCAGAUACUGCCGCCGCCGCUGUGGCCGUCGUGGAGGAGAUCUUGGUCAGGCGCAUUGCUGUUGCAGUCAUGAUCCCCGAGGAUGAGAUUGCUGUCGAGGAGUCGCUCCAGAGCUACGGAGUCAACUCGCUCGUUGCCGUCGAAAUCAAGACCUGGCUGGCCAAGGAAUUACAGUCUGAGAUUAGCGCCGGAGAGAUCAGUCCUUCGUCCAUCUCGGCCCUGGCUGCCACUGUGGUCUCAACAAUGUGUAGUAUGAGAGUUAUUGAGGGACAUCCCGAGCAGGAUCAACGGCAUCUAUCUAGGUGUGUACAUGUAGGUAGUCAAGGCACAUCUGUUCCAUUGUCCAGUGCCACGAACCAUGGUCGUCUCGGGAACGGGGCUGCUGAGAUUACCCGAGAUUUUAUGGGCGCCAUCGUCGAAAGUCAAACUCGACCUUAUCGGACUCAAUCUGGCCAGAGUAGGAAUGCGGGCCUUCCAACGCGUUGGGACCGCUGUAGGUAA